UUGAAAGAGAACUAGACUAGUUCUUUCUAUUAUUUUUUGUGUUUACAUAAACUUGACUGUGCACGUCAACCGGUUAUACCUUUAAAUAUGACACCAAUAGCUUUCUCGGUUAUUUUGAUAAGGGCAAAAGACAACUCUUUAUUAUGAACCCAGUUUUUUAGAACACCUUUCCUAAACUCAUUAAAUUAGCUAGGGAUAAACUAUCACAGUGGCUUCAACUGUUUGCUUGUAUCCAUCAAACAAAAACGCCAAUUAACAAAUUUAUCACAUAACAUGAUACACACACACAUAUAUAUAUAUAUAUUUUUUUUUUACUAAAUUGAUAAGUCAGACAUAAUGAUGAAUAACUGAAGCAAGAUUCACCGGAAAUUCGGCCCCACCCGGAAGUUAGUAAAUACAUAUAGAGUGAACAAAAGGAUGGCUGACAGUGGUGCUCAGGUCUUAGUACUCGGUGGCGUAGGAUUUAUUGGCAGAAAUCUUGUACAUUACAUAGUUAGCAAUGGACUUGCUAAGAAGGUACGAGUUGUAGAUAAGAUUUUGCCAGUAAUGGGAUACCUUAAUAAGGAGCAUCAAGAGUCAUUUAGUAAAGUGGAAUUCAGACAUGGCAACCUAAUGAAUUCAGAUUCAGUUGACUCAGCAUUCCAGACAGAGGAUGGAUCAUUUGAUUUUGUUAUAAACUGUGCUGCAGAGACAAAACAUGGUUUGGAAGACAUAGUAUACGAAGAAGGUGUAACAUUACUGAGUACAACCUGUGCCCAGGUAGCAGCUAAACAUGGGGUCAAGAGAUAUAUAGAACUUUCCAGUGGACAAAUGGCUUCUACAAAUAAGAAACCAAUGAAAGAAAGUGACGACUGUGAUCCAUGGACCAAAAUUGCAAAACACAAACUAAGGGUAGAAGAAAAAUUGACAACCAUUCCAAAUUUAGACUAUAUAUGUGUGCGGCCUGCCAUAGUUUAUGGAAAAGGAGACAGAACAGGGUUAACCCCAAGGUUAGUGAUUGGUGCUGUUUACAAAUUUCUUGGAGAGAAAAUGAAACUUCUUUGGGGUAAAGAUCUGAAGAUGAAUACAGUUCAUGUGGAUGAUUUGUGUAGGGCAAUUUGGCACCUUCUUUCCCAUGGUAAAACUGGUGAGGUGUACAAUAUUGUUGAUAAAGGAGAUACAACCCAAGGGUUGAUUAGUGAAUUGGUAUCACAGAUAUUUGGGAUCAAGUAUGAUUUUGUUGGCAACACCCUCAUGAACUUAGUCAAGCCUGAGGACUUCAGUGAAGUUAUUGAGGAGAUAAAUGACAAGCAUAUGUCACCAUGGGGACAGGCUUGUCAAAAAGAAGGCAUUGUCAACACCCCUCUAAAUCCUUACAUGGAUCAGGAGCUCCUGCUGAAUAAAAACACCUAUUUAGAUGGCCUAAAGAUUGAAGCUACAGGAUUUGUUUUUGAGAAGCCGAAAGUUAAUUUUGCAUUGCUUAAAGAGGUUCUGGAUGACUUCAUUUCAAUGGGCAUUUUCCCAUCGUCAUUUUCUAGAUGACUGAUGACUGUCUGCUGGGGAAAUCUUCAGUUGGGAUUUUGAAUUCCUUUAUACAAAAACCAUUUAGAUAUAAAAGUAACACAGAUAUUUCCACAUAAAACUGUAAUGCAGUGUAGCCAUGAUCUCAGAUAUAAUUGUUUAAUUGUGUAUGUUUCAACUUACAUGACUGUUUAAGUGCUUACAACGUUUACAUUUUAAUCAGUCGGGUUGCUUUGAAUUAUUUAUAUAAAAAAAAGAACUUUGUGCAAUCAGACGUGCUCACAAUUAUUUAUGGCACAUUCCUUAAGUUUAUUGAUAUUAUGUCUUCCCUUUUCUUUCUUUCUUUCUUUUUUAGUAUAAGAGAUGAACAUGUUUUGCUUGUUGUUAAUAUAUUAACUUUUUGUCUCGUUGUUUGUAUAGGAAUCAGGUUCAUAUACCAGGGCUUGCUUUAUGACCCAGGUGAAAGGUUUACCUCAUAUACAUAAUUCACAUUAAUUUUCAAUUUUUAAAUCAAAGCAAAUGCGUUAAAAUGGGCUAUUUAAUCUUUUUGUUUAGGCAGUUAUUUAUUUUUAAGUGUAAUUGAUUUCAAUUUGAAAAUUUUGUUUUAUAUUAUUGUAAUCAACUUAACAUGUUUUAGAUAUGAAACUUUUUAUCAAAUAACUUGCAAUAAUUUUGUUCCUCAGUUGGCAUCCAUCUAAAUUGUAUGGGAAUAUUUUAAAAACAUAUAAUAUGUAAUUAACACAUUUCUUUGCAACAUUUUUAGGUAACCAAUCUGUUCUUGUUAAUCUCAAACCUUGCAGAGGUCUUUUUGUUAAGCCCUGUCUACUUAAUUUAUUUCCUUAGGGAAAUUAAGUUUACAAAUAAUCAAAAUUUAAAGCACAAAGGCCAGCUUAAAUUACAUUUAGUUCUCGUAACACAUGCCAGUUAGUCAGAUUAAAAUUGGCAUUUACUUUAAGAAAAGGCAAGAUUCUAGUAGGAUUUUUUUCUAUAUUAUCUCCAAUUCACAGCUGAUAUUAGUCCAGUCAAACAGUAUAUAACAUGUAUAGAAAAGAUAUUAUGGUAUAUAUUUUCAUUUUCUCAGUGUGCAGUUUUGAUAGUAAGUCUAUUUUUAUGGAAAAUCUGCCCUUGUAUCAGGGCAUUAUGUAUCCACCAAGCAGUCACUGGCAGAUUCAAGUUUUGCUUAACAUGCAUUUUUUUUUCAUGUAUCAGCUAUUUACAUUUCUGAAUUUUAAGCUUAAACAUGAUAUUAACUUGAUUGCUGUUAUGCUUAACGAGAACAAUACAUUCCUUUGUACAGUGACAUAAACAUGUGCUGUAAUUGCAUCUAUUUCUAAUACCUGCAACCAAUUUUACUGUAAAGGUGUCAUCUUAUUUUUAAACAGUAUAAAGAGAAGGCCUGUAAGGUAGAUUACCUUAUCACUUAUCAAGGAACACAGACAAUACUUCAAUGCCUAAAUAACAAUCAAGUCUAGAUCAUAUUACCUGUAUGUGAUUAUGAUACACUUUUCAGUUGGGCUAGUAGAUUUCAAUUUAACCUUUGAUUUUAGAUUUUAUGAUAUGUCUGUAUGAGGAUAAUGGUCUCCAAGAUAAAUGUUCCUGGUGGGUUUUAAGCUUCAGAGCAUUAUUUCAGCAAAUGACACCAAUUGUAUAACUGUUGACAUUUAUGAAGUGCAAUAAUUUAUUGCGCACAAGCUUUCAAUGUUACUUUGGUAGCAGUUAGUGCAAUUUUGAGAAGCAAAAUAAUAUAAAUUUUAAGAUCAGUUACUGUAGGGUUCAGUACAAAUAAAACUUUGCAUGUAAAAUA